AACUACAAGAAGGAGAGGGAGCUUUUGUACUCCACAGUCAUCACAAUAAAUCUUUCCAAUUUACAUUGUGGUCACUUUAGAAACUUGGAAAAAAGGACUUGAAAUUGAAACUCAGUCGAGGACCAAAAUUAGUCAUCAUGACUUCACUGCUUGGUGCAGCCUUGCUGACUUUUACUCUGAUGUCCCCUGCCUUGGCCUUUGUUCCAGUCGGGGGAGGAGCAUCUACUCACGUCAGCAUUACUGGGACGGCCCUGCUGAAAAAGGUUACAGAGACGUGCCAGGCGGUGGCUGAUGCAGCUGGUCAUGAGUUCAAACCUACGGGUUCUUCUCCAGGAGAGUUAGUCCAGGCCUGUCUGGGUCCCACCGCACCAGGAGAUGUUUCCGGCGCCAAGUUCCACUCAGCUCUCCAAGAGAUCUACACCCAGAACGGCCUGGUGGACCGUGACUUUGUAAAUAGCCCGCCACAUCACUUCAACUCCGAAACAUUCUUAGAGGGACGUGGAUUAAUCACUGAGGGCGUAGCGGCCGUCAAAGCUAACAUUCAGAAGGAGAACUUCAAGGCUGCCAGGGAAACACUGGGCAGAGUCCUACACACAUUACAGGAUUUCUACAGUCACAGUAACUGGGUGGAACUGGGAUACACAGAACCAUAUGUCAACCUCUUAAGACCACACCUGCCUCUUGAAAACCUGGCAGAUUUGAACACUCCGACCUGCAGUGACUGUGCCAAUGGAAAAUGUCCUAAUCAGAUUCUCUCCAACAUCUUGAAUGAGAAGAAACUCACAUCAGGCUACUUGGGAAUAUUUUCUUCUCAGAAACCUAAAGGUAAAUGUAGCCAUGGAGGUGAAUCUGAUCUCACCAGCACCACAGUUCCUCGAGGAGGCAUCAGCAAAGACGAGCGCCGCUCUGACAAUAAAGAAUUUCACGAUGCUGCUGUCAAUGCAGCAGUAGCUGCAAGCCUCCAACUCUUAGAAGACAUCCGUUUGGCUGUAGGCAACCAUGACUUUUUGAGAAUGAUGGGCAUUGCUCGAUCAUCUGUGGUGUGCUUUGUCAUUGACACCACCGGCAGCAUGUCAGAUGAUAUUGAAGCAGCUAGGUCGGUUAUGUAUAAAAUCAUUGACAGCAAAAAGGGAACACAAGACGAACCAUCUGAGUACAUCCUCGUGCCCUUUAAUGACCCAGAGUUUGGACCUAUGAUCAGGACAACUGAUGCUGAGAAAAUGAAAAGAGAAAUCUCCAAGCUCAAAGCAAAUGGUGGUGGAGACACACCAGAGAUGUGUCUAUCGGGACUUCAGCUGGCUCUCACAGGAGCCCCUUCCUCAUCCAACAUCUAUGUUUUCACUGAUGCUAUAGCCAAAGACAUUGCCCUGAAAGACACAAUCAUUGCUCUCAUGAGGAGCACCAAAUCAACGGUCUCAUUCUUUAUGACGGGGGCAAGCAGGAGGCGGCGUCGGUCUCUGGCAAUUUCCUCCUUCGAAGACUAUAAAGACUUGGCUUUGGCAUCUGGAGGCCAGGCUAUCCAGGUGUCCAAGUCCCAACUCCCUCAGGCUACAGAUAUUAUCCUUGACACCUCAACUUCUGCUCUGGUAACAGUUCUUCAGAGAGCCACUGUUGCAGGGACUUUCCCUUUUGUGUUGGAUGAAUCUCUGAAAAACAUCACUAUAUACGUUACAGGAACAUCACUAACUUUCACAUUGACCAAUCCUGCUGAUGUUACCCAGACUGACACUGAACCCAGUGGUAAACUGGGAACCAUCCACAAAGUCGGUAACCUCAGGAGAAUCCGCCUGUAUGCUGACAAGCUGUCAGGAACCUGGCAGAUCAACAUCAAAUCCAGUCAGCCAUACACACUCAAAGUCACAGGCCAGAGCACAAUUACCUUCAUAUAUGACUUUGUCGAAAAGUUCACAGGACCUCACGCAGGCUAUGCAGUACUGAGUGGACGUCCACGAGCAGAUCAGCCUGCCACCCUGAUGCUCUCAGUCAUAGGAAGAAAAGGUCCAACUUCAAUAACUAUCGAAGAGGUUGGCUUGGUAACAAUGUCUGGUCCAGCGGUUGUAACCAAUGGCACAGUGACUGACAUGGGGAAUGGAGAGACCCUGGUCACGGUUGAUGUCGUUCCUGAAGGGGAGUUUGUGCUCAUUCUCAAAGGAACAGACACAGUGUCUAACAGCAAAUUUCAGAGACAGUCUACCACCUUGAUGUCCGUCUCCAAAGUUAAUAUCCAGGCUGCAGUGGAAAGCAGUGUUGAGCCAGGGGAAACUUUUAAACUUCCCUUCAGUGUGAUGACCCAAAGUGAAGGUGGUACAUACACCAUCAGCGCCCGAAACGACAGAAACUUUGUUAUGUCAUACCCAGAAACGCUCAAUUUGUCAAGUGGAAAAUAUGCUAAUGCUACACUGACAAUUACACCAACUGCUGACACAGAAUCAGGCACUGAUGUCACUCUGACUAUUGAAGCCAAAUCAUCAAGUGGCGUUGACUCCAAUUAUGCUGUUCUGAGACUGUCUGUCGUCCAUAAGAUCAUAGAUUUUAAUCCGCCAAAGUGUGAAGUGACGACCGUCGUGGAAAAUUGCCCUCGUGAUGUCUCGGAAUGUGGACCUUUCCAGUGGGAGCUCUCUGCCAACUUCACUGAUGAAAAUGGCACUGGGAUUCAAAGCAUUUCCUUGAUUCAAGGCAAUGGGAAUUUUACACACACCACUCUGAACGCUUCCUUCGUUGAAGCGUACUACAGCGCCUCCUGCUGUUCUCAGAUUGUCGAGAUUGUAGCUGUGGAUAAGGCUGGCAAUGUGGGCAAAUGUUACCACUCGAUCAUUCGUUCACACAGUUUUCCUACUACAACUCUGUCGUUGCCACUAUGGCUUUGCCUUUUGGCUUCUAUUUUUGUGGUAAGGUCUUAAAGAAGUUUACAGUAUCAUGAUAAAUGUUAAGUAUAUCUUUUAAAUGAUUUAGUCUGGAAAAGAAAAACCUACUUGCCUCUGUGCCUUUUAUUAACUAUUUCACGCAGUUUGAUAACUUAAAGCUAUUUGCUUUUGACUAUUGUAACGACAUUCAUUACACACCCUGUUGGUGCUGCACAGCACCAGCAAACAAUAACUUGCAGGCUGAAUAAGUUAGGUCAUUGCUACUAAGCAGAAUUAAAUACAACGCUGUAACUUGGUCUUUGAUGCUUAAGAGGCAAGUACUAGAGAUCUGGACCACUACUAAAUAUUACCAAUGCAGUAAAUGUAUCCAUGAUUAAAAAGUGACUCUUUAAACCUGCCUCACAGAGGAAGGACACUUUUGUGUCCAUUUAGAUGAGUGAACAAAUCAUUUCUUCAAAAAUGUUUGACCUGUUCAUGAGUAUUAGAUGCCACAAGUUGCAGAUUAUAUGUAAACGUAAAAUACAGCACACGUAUAAUCAAAACUGCAUACAACAAAUGUUAAAGCAUCAAAUAACUGAUAUAUUACCAAAUAAAAUGGAGCAUUUCACUA